AGGAAGAGAGAGGAAACCCUCUCUCAAGAACAAGAAUGCAAAUUCAACCCAAUCAAAGCCAAAAAUCGAAUGAAAAACAUUGCAUGGAUGAAGAUUUCUCACCAUCUAUCUCUAACAAACAUAUGGAUCAUGUCAAGGUGGGUGAAAGCAUGGAAGGCUGCUAACAGGAAGGAUGUGAGGAAACAAGUACGAAACGGACGCUUAAGUGAAUUUCAAGGAAGUAGCUCCCCCUACCGCCGAAUCAGAAGAAAGAGUCAACACUGUUUACCGAUUACCUGCAAUAGACAGGACCUUCACCACACACGUCCCGAGUUCCAGUCAAUACUCGUCAUCUGAAAUGUCUGCACCGGCCAAGAUCCCUGAAGUCUUUGACCUCGACGAGUUGGACAGUUAUUCUGAUCAGGUUCAGGUCAAGAAGGAACCUAGUCCCAAGGCCACAGCCUCAUCCAAACCCAGCAGCUCCAAAGCCAUCAUUAUUCCCAAACCUUCACCGGCUACCAAGCCCCGGAGUUCAAGUUCCCACAAAAGGAAGGAACCUGAUUCCCCUGUCAUUUCUGACACCUUUCCUUAUGAGAAGCACGGGUUCAUUGAAGCUAGCGGGUUUAUGACUUCCUUUCUUAACCAGGGUCUUGAGCGUCUGGUUCACCUAUAUCAAGAAUCCUGCAGGCAUAACAAGACGCUUGAAUCCAAGCUAAAGGAAGCAGAAAUCACAAUCUCUGAUCAAGGCAUGAUUGCAGCCGGCAAAUCCCGUCAUUACGAGGAGAAAUUCAAAGCUAUGACUCAAGAACACCAGACUGCUCUCAACAGAGCUACUCUUCAAGCCCAGGCCGAUCUUGAAGCUGUCCAUAUGCAACAUGAACAGGAUAUGGUCAGCUACCGGGAAAGCCUUAAGAGUUCCGUCGUCAUUUCUCUUCUCCAAGCCAGGUUGAAGAUGGCCCAUGAAGCCAAAGCAUUAGGUUUUGAAUGCCCUUCUUGGGACGUCGGUGCUUGGGAGACCAAGCUAAAGAACCUUGGCGGCACUUCUUCUAAACCAGCUAUCGUUGAAUCUUCCAAAGCAGUUGAAAAAGCAACCCAUACUGAGAAGGAUGCUGAGGAGGAUCACAAGACGGAUGCUGCUGAAAUCAUUAUGGACGAAGAAGAUACUGCCCCCUAAAGUUUAUUUCCUUUAAAUUGUUCGAACUAUUUUAUGAACAAUUUUCAUUUUUGUAUUGAAACAAUUUGAUAGCCGAAGGUGGAUGGGUCCUGGGUUUCAGGAUGAAACCUUCGGUUAUCAACUAGUAUUUAUUGUUUCAAGAAUAAUUUCAUCUUUCAUUUUU